CCCCCCACACACAAUUGCAACCUUUUUGGGUAGAGGGUGAGGGGAGGACUUGCACAUUGCUUCCUUCCACCCUGCAAGGGGAGGUGAGAGUGACCAUGUCCAGGAUCUUUGCCGCUUUCUCCAGCCGUGCUUCAGCUUGAGUGCCCCCUCCCUCUGCUGCAAGCUCCCCAAGCAGCAUCCUACAGCAGCCGAUGGGAUGUGAUGAGCGUCUUCUCUCCGGCAGCAUCCUCAGCGGCAUAACCCCCGGCCCUUUGCUCUUUGCAGGAUGGCUCGGUUUGGAGACGAGGUGCCAGCCCGCUAUGGGGCAGGAGGUUCAGGGGGAGCUGGCUCCGGAGCAGCGGGCAGCGGAGGUGGCCGGGGCGCUGGGGGCGUCCGGCAAGGUGGUCCCCCAGGGGCCCAGAGGAUAUACAAACAGUCGAUGGCCCAGCGAGCCCGCACCAUGGCACUCUACAACCCCAUCCCCGUCCGGCAGAACUGCCUGACUCUCAACCGCUCCCUCUUCCUCUUCAGUGAGGACAACGUGGUGAGGAAAUACGCCAAAAAGAUCACCGAAUGGCCUCCUUUUGAAUACAUGAUUUUAGCAACUAUCAUAGCAAACUGCAUUGUCCUUGCUCUGGAGCAGCAUCUGCCUGAUGGAGACAAGACACCAAUGUCAGAACGAUUGGAUGACACAGAACCAUACUUCAUUGGAAUAUUUUGUUUCGAGGCUGGAAUUAAAAUUAUUGCCUUAGGAUUUGCUUUCCACAAAGGCUCCUACCUAAGGAAUGGCUGGAAUGUGAUGGACUUUGUGGUGGUUCUCACAGGCAUCUUGGCAACAGUUGGCACUGAAUUUGACCUGCGGACUCUGCGGGCAGUUCGUGUGCUCCGGCCACUAAAGCUAGUGUCGGGAAUCCCAAGUUUACAAGUCGUCCUCAAGUCCAUCAUGAAGGCCAUGAUACCUCUUCUACAAAUUGGCCUCCUCCUAUUUUUUGCAAUCCUUAUUUUUGCAAUCAUAGGGUUAGAAUUUUAUAUGGGGAAAUUUCACACCGCCUGCAAGGAUGUUCAUACAGAUGAAAUCAAGCAUGAAGCUCCAUGUGGAAUUGAAGCACCAUCGCGCCUCUGCCCUAAUGGGACCAAGUGUGAAGAAUAUUGGCAAGGACCCAACUACGGGAUCACACAGUUCGAUAACAUCUUGUUUGCUGUGCUGACUGUCUUCCAGUGUAUCACCAUGGAAGGGUGGACCGACCUCCUUUAUGAUAGCAACGAUGCCUCAGGGAGUGCUUGGAACUGGCUGUACUUCAUCCCCCUCAUCAUCAUUGGAUCCUUUUUUAUGCUCAACCUUGUGCUGGGGGUGCUUUCUGGGGAGUUUGCCAAAGAAAGGGAGCGGGUGGAGAACCGGCGAGCAUUUCUGAAGCUGAGAAGACAGCAGCAGAUUGAACGUGAGCUCAAUGGCUAUAUGGAGUGGAUCUCCAAAGCAGAAGUGAUAUUGGCUGAAGAUGACAUAGAAGGAGAGCCUCGUCACCCCUUCGAUGGUAAGCCAUCAUCUUCCACAAAGUAUGUCAAGUCAGGGGAUGGGUGAGGCAGCAAGCUCACAGUCCCAUUGGUACGUCAGUCUGAUCUACAUUGACUAAGGAUUGUAUACAGAUUAUUCAAUUUAAGCAGUGAAAAUAUAGUCAUUGUAGUUAACUGUGCCGUGAUCAUGGAAACUAAUAGUUACUAAUCAAGCAGAAAUCUGGGCAUAUCCCAGCAGGGGCAGUGUUGUAGGAAGAUGGUAGUUGUAGAGGGUGCUGUUGUCUAUGCAAGUGUGGUCAAGUAGAUAGGAUGUUAAACCUGGAGCCCUGGAUACAAAUCCCAGCUCAGUCAUAAGGCUAGGGCUAAAUUUCAAUGUGUGUUUUUAAAUUCUUGCAGCCGGUUUGUUUAUGGAAAAGGAAGGUUCAGGAAAGGACAGUGUAGAGUAGAAAAGUGUGUGUGUGUGUGUGUGUG